GAGGGAGGGAGACAGGACCUGGGGAUGAGGGGAGAGGGGGAGUAGAGUUGGACGGAGGGAGGGAGACGGGAGCUGGGGAUGAGGGGAGAGGGGGAGGAGAGUUGGACGGAGGGAGGGAGACGGGAGCUGGGGAUGAGUGGAGAGUGGGAGGAGAGUUGGACGGAGGGAGGGAGACAGGAGCUGGGGAUGAGGGGAGAGUGGGAGGAGAGUUGGACGGAGGGAGGGAGACAGGACCUGGGGAUGAGGGGAGAGGGGGAGGAGAGUUGGACGGAGGGAGGGAGACAGGACCUGGGGAUGAGGGGAGAGGGGGAGUAGAGUUGGACGGAGGGAGGGAGACGGGAGCUGGGGAUGAGGGGAGAGGGGCAGUAAAGUCUGAAGGAGUGAAGAAGAUGGAGGCAGGGGAUGAGGUGAGAGGGGCAGUAGAGUCUGAAGGAGUGAAGGAGAUGGAGGCAGGGGAUGAGACUCUACUAGACACUACUCCACUGGCUCCACUCCAGAUCACCUGCCUAGAGAAACAGGUGGUGAUGCUGCAGGCUGAACUGCAGUCUCUCUCUGAGGAGAACCAGAGGCAGGCUGAGGAGCUGACAGUGUGGAGGCUAAUGGCCCAGCCCCUCUGUCUAGACCCAGAGGACCUCACCUCUGCUACCCUCAGCCCUGGCCACAACACUGCUACCCUCAGCCCUGGCCACAACACUGCUACCCUCAGCCCUGGCCACAACACUGCUACCCUCAGCCCUGGCCACAACACUGCUCCCCUCAGCCCUGGCCACAACACUGCUCCCCUCAGCCCUGGACACAACACUACUACCCUCAGCCCUGGCCACAACACUGCUACCCUCAGCCCUGGCCACAACACUGCUACCCUCAGCCCUGGCCACAACACUGCUACCCUCAGCCCUGGACACAACACUACUACCCUCAGCCCUGGCCACAACACUGCUACCCUCAGCCCUGGCCAACACAGCAGUGUGAUGGUGAUCAGAGAGGAUGAGCUGCUUCUCUCCUGUACCUCCAGUAGACUGUAUGGGAGGACCCUGGCCUCAAGACUGCAUCACUGCAAUUCUCCUGAAGCAAAGAGUCUCCAAAACCCAUCCAGAAAGAACAAAUCUACACAUCCCCAAGAGAUGGAAAAACAGACCAAUGAACAUGGGGAAGAUGGUGAAGAAGCAGACAUCACCAAAGAUGUUUACCAAAUCUCAGAGCUCCAGACCAAGGCAACAGAGCACACUAACCAAGAUGAUUCAGAAAACAAGACCAAUCCAAAUACUCCCAGAGCAACAGAUGAGACCGAGGCCAAAGAAAUAGUCUCAAGGCACAAUCUAGACAUCAUAGAACUAGAUAACAAAGAGUUCCCCACUCUAUCUCUCGCUGAGGCUCAAUCCACUGAAGCACAGUCCUCUGAAAUCAACCAUUCCAGUCACCAUCUAGAGGUACCAAUCUCCACUGGUGUUGAGAAUAAAAGUCACUCCUCGGUCCGUAGAAAAGUCACCACUACAUCAGAGUGGCGAACUGAGAGAACGAUGGUGGAGACCAAUGUUCUGAGUUCAAAGGUCAUACCAGCAGGAUGGACAGGUCAAGAGAGAUUGAGAUCUGUAGAGGUGAGUAGUACCAGCUCUCAGACAGAGGAGGGGAGAGAGACAGGCGCCCUACCAGAAACACACCACGUAUACACACAGACUGAGAAGGAGGAAGAGGAGGAGAAUGAUGAAGAACCCACAGAAUCACCCCCUGUGUCACCAGUCCAGAUGUCUGAGGCCGAGGGGGACAGGAUGUUGUUUUCUGGGUCCUUCCCGAUCCCUGCCGACCCAGCCCGUCUUGCGGAGCGGAUCCGUCGUAACCGGACUCAGAUGUCUGCAGCGUACGAUGAUACGGAAUACGAACCCUACGGCCUGCCUGAGGUGGUCAUGAAAGGUUUUGCUGACAUUCCCAGUGGUCUAGGCUGUCCGUACAUUGUGAGGAGGGGGCUCCUGGGUACUGCUGCUAUGCCCCGCCCCCAGAGAGAUCCCGGCCAGAGGGAGGGGGGGCAGGAGGACCCUGAUUAACCCCCAACAGAGUGUUUGUACAGAUCCACUGGAAGACCGUCAGAGGAGGAGUUAAUUUCACUGGACCUGCUGUGUACUGACCCCCACCUCCUGCCCUGAUGUACUGACCCGAAUAAAACCUCUUUCAUCUCUUGUGUACUGAAACACCUGAAGCGGGACAACUGUCCCCUACUGACGUUUAAGACAAGACCUUUCAUUGAGUUAUACAGAGGCUCAUUGGUUUCUAUGCACCUACUACAGUACUGUUCUUUACAAAUCUACUGGUUCAGAUUUCCUUGUUGUGGUUCAAAUGAGAAAUGGUGCCUUGUUUUUAUUUAAUUUUUUAAGCUACUUUAGGCCAUGGUCCAUUGCCUGUUGUGAAAACUUGAAUUUUAAUUUGAAUAGUCUUAUUUAUAGACUGUUGAAUGUUUUAGUGUGUGUGUUCAUAUUGGUUUUUAUAAGCAGUGGGUGUACAUUUGAGGGAGCGUGUGUCGGUUUGUACAAAACUGUACAAGGAUGAGUACGUACUGCAUGUGUAGGAUGAUGUCUGGUCGUUAUGUUUUCUCAAUAUUAGGCUGUGCCUGUGUAUGACUCAACCUAACCUGAGCGUGUUUCCUCUCCUUCUAUGGUGAUCCACUGGGAGCGCUCCUUCUCUGCCCCUCCCUCGUCCCCUCUUUCUGUUCUUUCCCUAUUCAUUUCUCUAUUUCUUUACACUCAAACCUUUUUAAAAAUGGCACCCUCUGUGCUCUUGAAUUUACACAAGUGCUAAACACAUGAGUGAGGUAGUUUAUUUUUAUUUUUUUAGAUACACUAUUUAAAUUGUGCAGGUUUUAGUCUGCUUUUUUGGACUUUUUUUUUAGCUUUUCCUAGAUUUAAUAUAUUACAUUUUUGGGGGGAUAGAUUUUUCGUGCACGUUAGUGAUUGUGCCUUAGGUUUCUAGAUUUUCAGUUGCAUCAAUGAACUGCCCUGGUUUGAAACAAUAUUCACUUAAGAGAUUGUAUAUCAAACAAAUUUAUAGCAUCUUAAAUGCAAUCUUGGUACUGCCACCCUCAUUGGUGUGCUUUGAGGAAGUGUGUGCGCUUGUAUACAAAACAUUAAGAACUCUUUCCAUGACAGAUUGACCAGGUGACUACAGGUGAAAGCUAUGAUCCAUUAUUGAUGUCUCUUGUUAUAUCCACUUCAAUCAACGUAGAUGAAGGGGAGGAGACAGGUUGAAGAAGGAUUUCUAGUAGAGCAUGGCACUUGCAACGCCAGGUUUGUGGGUUCGAUUCCCACGUGGGACCAGUACAAACGAAAUAUAAAAAUGUAUACACUCACCGCUAUAUGUCGCUCUGGAUAAAAGCAUCUGCUAAAUGACUCAAAUGUAAACGUGUGUGUGUGUGUGCCAUUCAGAAGGUGAAUGGGCAAGAUAACAUAUUUAAGUGCCUUUGAACAGGGUAUGGUAAUAGGUGCCAGACUCACCGGUUUGUGUCAAGAACUGCAACACUGCUGGGUUUUUCACACUCAACAGUUUUUCCGUGUGUAUCAAGAAUGGUCCACCACCCAAAGGACAUCCAGACAACUUGACACAAUUGUGGGAAGCAACUGCCCCAAUGAAGUGAGGCUGUUCUGAGGUCAAAGGGGAGUGCAACUCAAUAUUAUGAAGGGUUCUUAAUGUUUUGUACACUGUGUUUUGUUAACGAAACCUUCCUCCAUUCCAAAUCCGCUCCGACCUUCUUUCAGAGCUGAGGUUUAUUACAGCGUUACUGCAUGGUACUAAGAUGAAUGUGAGUUGUUAUUGGUUUUGUUGUGGUCUAAAAAAUCUCUCAAAACACCUAUUUGUUUUUAACACACAACUAAAUAAGUUAACAGCCAUUGGAUCUGAUAGAAAUGACAGGUUUAAUACAUUGUGGAGUGAUUUUAACUUGAUAUACGUAGUUAGCUACACUUGCUUUCUGUCACUACCGACAUGAUGCAUGUAGCCACUAGCAACAACCAUGUCUUCUCUAGAUUCUAGAAGCCUGGCGUGUGUUCUAGAACACGUAUGGGCUGUUACAGUACCAUUCACUAGCCUUCUGAACACACCCCUAGCUGAGUUAUCUGUGGGAUCUCUGGGUGGUGGGACUAGUCCAAGGAGUCCAGCAGAACACACUGGAUUCUUUCCCCUGUAUGUGACACUUUUAUGUGAAUGUAUCGCUGUUGAUGCUUUGUGUCGCUGUUGAAGAAGAUAGAUUAAAAAGGUUGAUCUAAA